CGUGCCGCUUGUUUCUUCAAAUUUGAGAGACGCAUAAAGUACCGAUAGAGACGCGGCGUUUGGAGUUUCUGCAGUUGCACCAUCACCUCCACCAUGGCGGUUGAAAAUCCCAUCCUGCCCGUCAAGGGCAAGAAGAACGUCCUCAUCACCAGCGCCCUCCCCUACGUCAACAACGUCCCUCACCUCGGCAACGUCGUCGGCAGCGUCCUCAGCGCCGACGUCUACUCGCGCUUCAGCAAGCUGCGCGACCGGCCGACGCUGUACAUCUGCGGCACCGACGAGUACGGCACGGCCACCGAGACAAAGGCCCUCGAGACGGGCCAGACGCCCCAGGAGCUCUGCGACGAGUUCCACGUCAAGCACAAGGAGAUUUACGAGUGGUUCGAGAUUGGCUUCGACUACUUUGGCCGCACCUCGACCAAGAAGCAGACGGAGAUUGUGCAGGACAUCUUCCUCAAGCUGCACGAAAACGACUUCCUCGAGGAGCGGACGACACAACAGCCCUACUGCGAGAAGCACGAUUCGUUCCUGGCCGAUCGAUUCGUCGAGGGAACCUGCCCCAAGUGCAACUACGACGAUGCCCGCGGCGACCAGUGCGACAAGUGCGGAAGCCUGCUGGAUCCGUUUGAGCUCGUCAACCCGCGAUGCAAGAUUGACGGCGCAACGCCCGUGCCCCGCGACACGACACACGUCUUCAUCCGCCUCGAGAAGCUGCAGCCCGAGAUUGACAAGUGGUUCCAGGAUGCGCACAAGAAAUACGGCUGGCCUCAAAACGGCGUUUCCAUCACCCAGUCGUGGCUGACCAAGGGCCUGGAGGCUCGCAGCAUCACCAGAGAUUUGAAGUGGGGUGUGCCGGUUCCGCUGCCUGGAUACGAGAAGAAGGUCAUUUACGUGUGGUUUGAUGCCUGCAUCGGCUAUCCUUCCAUCACGGCCAACUAUACCGAUGAGUGGGAGCAAUGGUGGAAGAACCCCGACGACGUCACCCUCUACCAGUUCAUGGGCAAGGACAACGUGCCCUUCCACACAGUCAUCUUCCCUGGAUCCGAGAUUGGUACCGGAUACAAGUGGACCCUGCUUAACCACCUUUCCACUACCGAGUACUUGAACUACGAGAACGGCAAGUUCUCCAAGUCAAGAGGAAUCGGUGUUUUCGGCAACCAGGCCAGGGAAAUUGGCAUUUCGCCAUCUGUGUGGAGAUACUACCUCCUAUCAAACCGACCGGAAACCAGCGAUACCCAAUUCGAGUGGCAGUCGUUCCAGCUGGCCAACAACAGCGAGCUCCUCGCCAACUUUGGCAACUUUGUCAACCGCAUUGUCAAGUUUGUCAACGCCAAGCUGGAUGGCGUCGUUCCCGAGUUCGACCCCUCCUACAAGGAUGACACCUUUGACUUUGGCGCCUGGGUUAAGACGGUCAAUGGCUUGCUAAAGGAGUACGUCGACCUUUUGGAGAAUGUACACAUUCGUGCCGGCAGCAAAGCCCUGUUGGAGAUUAGCCGAGAGGGCAACAACCUUCUCCAAGGCCGACUCGACAACGCCAACCUGGCGGAGAACCCUGAGCGAACUCACACCACCAUUGGUCUCGCCCUGAACCUUUGCCAUCUGCUCGCCUCAGUGGCUUCUCCGUACAUGCCAUCCACCUCUGACUCCAUCUGCCAGCAGCUCAACACCAAGCUGGCCUUGAUCCCUGACGUCUGGGAGCCCACCGCCAUCAAGGCUGGCCACAAGAUUGGCAAGGCCGCCUAUCUCUUCACCAGAAUCGAGGAUAAGAAGAUUGCCGAGUGGAAGGAGCUGUUUGGCGGUUCCGCCGAGACUCGUGCUGCCGAAGCGGCCGCCAAGAAGAAGAAGCAGGAGGACAAGGAGAGGAAGAAGGCCGCCAAGGCCGCCAAAGCUGAAGCUGCCAAGGCUGCUGCCGCCACCGCUGCCGACGUGGAUGUCAAGGCUCAGGACGAGGCCUCUGCGGCUGGGGGCAUGACUGCGACGUCGGCCGAGGUAACGAAAGACUUGCCGAUUCGCGAGAAGAAAGUAGACAAUUAGAGAUCAGACAAGACAAUAAAGGAAAAAAGAGAAGAAAAAGAGAAAAAUAAAUAAAUGAAGAGAGCAUAGAAUGUAUAUUGAGCUAUGGUGUAUGUGUGCGGGGAGUUGAGGUAGUACUAGGGUGCCUUUAGCAUAUGAGAAUUCAACAUUUCGAUUUUUUCUUCUUAGGUUUCUCUCUUGAGCUA